AGCUGCAUCAUUUAGCAGGGAAAGGCAUCCAGAAUAAAUCAUCUGUGAUCCCGACAAAUCCACGAUAUUCAAUACUCUGCGGUGGGGAUUAAACCUCUUCCUGCUCUUUUCGUUUUAUAUACGUGUGCUAGUAGCCUAUUUUUCCACUUGAGGCGAACAAACUAAAGGUUCUCGUGAAAAAUACGAGCAGGAUCUAGAUGUGUAGACAGUGAGGAGGUCAUGAAUCUGGCAGGCGUGGUCGUGGGCUGGUCCAGCCUGCAAUAAACGUCAAAAACAGAGGAGAUGCGGAUCUCUGGGAAAACACCGACUCAAAACAAAACCAUUCAUACAGGAAAACAAGACUAAUUCUCGAUUGCUUGGUGCACGCGGCUGUUUUGACUCAUUGCAUUGUAGAUUUAUAGGGCGACUGUGUGCAUAAAGGACAAAGAGGAGAGGAUGUUGUAAGCCAUCUCACCUGGCCCUGCUUUGCCUAUCCUUUUUUCUGUUUUCUGUCUAUCCUUCUCCUCUAUUCCACACUGGGGAAAAGAAGAUGAGUAGGUCUCCCACCCCUAAAGGGACUCCGGUCCAGCAUAGUCCUGUAGACGGGGAAUGUCUGGAAGGAGAAAUGGUCCAGUCUCCCCAGCAGUCAACGCCGUCCAGCGGCCUCAAGAAACGUGUUUCCAGUCUCCUGCAAAGCCCUUCCUUUAGAGAGGAGCUGGAUGCAUUGAUUCAAGAGCAGAUGAAGAAAGAAGGAAGUUCCUCCAAUCUGUGGGCGCUCAGACAGAUCGUAGACUUCAUGUCCACUCACGGAUCUCCGGCCGCCCUGCCCGUCGCUCAAUCCUCCGUUACCAUGGUGACCCCCAUUAACGACGUGCAGGGAUGGGAGCCGAGCUCCAUGGUGAAGGGGGAGAGACUGAUGCGCUGCAAACUGGCUAGUGUUCACCGACUGGUGGAUCUGUACGGCUGGGCCCAGCUGGCCAACACGUGCCUCACAAUGCGUGUUAGUAAAGAACAGGAACAUUUCCUCGUGUUGCCGAAUGGUCUGGCCUGCGGGGAAGUGACUGCGUCCAGUCUGGUGAAGGUGAACAUCCUGGGGGAGGUGGUGGAGAAGGGCAGCACUGCUCUGGGAGUGGAUCUGUCUGCGUUCAGUCUUCACUCUGCCAUCUACUCUGCCCGACCAGACGUCCGCUGUCUGCUGCACCUCCACACUCCUGCCACAGCUGCGGUAUCAGCCAUGAAGUGUGGCCUGCUACCGCUAUCCCAUGAGGCUUUGCUAGUGGGUGAGGUAGCUUAUUAUGACUAUAAUGGAGUAAUGGAGGACGAAGAGGACAGAGUGGAACUCCAGAAGAGCCUCGGCCCUACAUGCAAGGUGUUGGUGUUGAGGAACCAUGGGAUCGUGGCACUGGGAGAGUCAGUGGAGGAGGCCUUUUACACAAUAUACCACAUCCAGACCGCCUGUCAAACACAGGUGGCAGCACUGUGCAGUGCUGGAGGGGAACAAAACCUAAUCAUGCUGGACCGCAACAUUCACAGGCCCAUCGUCACUGGCACUGUGGGUUGGGCUGGAUCCACUUUCGGCCCCAUGCACAAGAGCAGGCUGGGAGAACAUGAGUUUGAAGCAUUGAUGAGGACGCUGGACAAUCUGGGUUACCGUACAGGAUACGCCUACCGUUUCCCAGUGCUGUUGGAGCGCACCAGAACCAGGAGAGAGGUGGAAGUACCUGCUACCGUCACGUCAUUUUCUUUCCAUGACGAUGGGGUUCAACCCCACCCCCGUCUCAAUCCACACACCCAGAGACAACAGCAGAAGACUAGAUGGCUGAACACACCAAAUGUCUAUCAGAAAGUCAACCAGGACCAGGCCAGCCCGCGACAUCGGACCACGUGGCAGAAGACAGAGGAAAUCGCACAGGCCAGUGGACAGGCCAUUAAAAUCGAGAACCCAAACCAGUUUGUCCCUCUUUUCACCAACCCAAAGGAGGUGCUUGAGACUAGAAAUAAGAUCAGGGAGCAGAAUCGUCAGGACAUGAAAACAGCUGGACCUCGGUCUCAAGUGUUAGCCAGCGUGAUCACAGACAACAGUCCACCGUCUCCAGAGACCGUUGAGCCCCCAGCCUUACCUGAACCCGAGACUCCGAAUCCCUUCAAUGAGCUGACGGACCAGGAGCUGGAGGAAUACCGCAAGGAGGUGCAGCGCAAACAACACGGCCAGCAGGACGGUGUGGAGGAGGUGGUGAAUGACACGGGGACUUCCCCGACUACCUCCCCCAAAAAGAGCCCAGUGUCAGAUGGGAAAACCACAGAUGGCGUGCAGAACGAUAAAGGCGACGAGAAGAAACAGCAGGAGGAGCUAGAAAAACAAAUGAAGGCUCUGUCCACCACUGACACUUCUGAAACCACACUCUUGGCCCCGCCCAUCGCCCCGCCCAACAAGCCUGCAGGAAACACCCCAGAGGGGUCUCCUUCCAAAUCUCCUUCAAAGAAAAAAAAGAAGUUCAAGGCCCCCUGUUUCCUAAAGAAAAGCAAGAAACAAAAAGAGAAAGCAGAAUCUUGAACUCAGACACGCUCUUCUUCACUAAUACUUACACGCAAACACAUCUUCACUGUGUAUCCAUUCACUGAUCUUUACAUGCCAUACGAGUUUCUGAUUAUGGUUUUGUGACUUGAAACAUGUUUUCGGUCCACUCUGUCCACGCCGAUGCAAAUUUCACAAUGCUUCACUAAUGCACAUUGAAUAUGAUCCUCCCCCUUGCUUUAAAAUGACUUGCACUUAGUACUUGCGUAGAAAAAAAAGAAUGUGGCAUUGAGUAAGCAUUGAUUGUUCAUGUCUAUCGAUUCUGAUUGUUGCUCAUUAUCAUGUUUAUAUAAUUACAUGUGGCAUUACUGUUGACUAAAAUCUUUUUUAACCACUAUUCUUUCAUCCUUCAUCUCACUUUGUUAUGAAUAGCAGGGAUAAACUAAUUAAAAAUGUUUCAUUCACUGGAAAUCAUGAUCGCAGUGGCUUGCAAACAAUUCAUGUCAAAAGGCCAAAAUAAGCAAGAUAAUGAAGAAAAUUCAACACUAAAUGCACGACUUUAUUCCACUUGUUUUUUUAAUUGUUAUUAUUUAGUAUCUUUGUAUGUAUGUGCGCCAGAGACUUCUUUGCAGUUGUAAUUAUUUUUAUGAUCAGGCACUGUUAUUUAAAUGCAUUUGUGUGUAUAUUAGCCAGUUUAUAAACUUAAUUCCAUGUCAAUAUUAGAAUGUAAAAUGCUAGGAUCGGAUGUACCAUUCAUUAAAGAUCACAUCCAUGUGAA